AUGGCGGAGAAGAAUUUUAUAGAGGGGACAAAAUAUCUUGUUCCUAGUGAAGAUGAAUCUUAUGAGUCUGACUCCCUGGAAGAUGCUUCUCUUAUUGCUGGCCAAGAUGAUCUCUACUUGGAAGAAGAUGUGCAACCAUUACCGAUUUGUGAGGAGGUAGAAGAUGAGGAGGAAGAAGCUCUGAUUCGUGGUACAUUUCCCUUUGCUUGUUCUUGGAAGGAAGUUGACACAUGUCUUGUUCCUAAUGGUGUUGGUCAGAGUCUUAUUCCUAUAGAAAUGGAGGAGCAUAAACAAUCUAGUAUCGCCAAGUUUGAGAAAUUCACUUGGAAGGUUGAGAACUUCUGUUGCUUGGAAGGUGAGGAGGUUUGCUCUGAUCCUUUCAUCCUCUGCGGCUAUCAAUGGAGGAUAAGUCUGUUCCCAAGAGGGAACAAACUCAACAAAGUAGAUGACAACUUAUCAAUUUAUUUGGAGGCUUUGCAAACUUCCAAUAUGUCUAAGGGAUGGAACCGAGAUGUCAUAUUUAGGCUAACUGUAUUCAAUCAACUCAAUACCAGCAUGACUGUUACAAAAGAAUCUAGCAAUGAGUUCAAUGCAUGUGAGGAUUCAUUGGGGUUCCAAUCCUUCAUGACUUUUGCUGAGCUUCAUUAUCUUAAAAAAGGGUUUAUUGUGAAUGAUGCUUGUAUUAUUGGUGCUGAGGUUUAUGUUUCUAAUUCAAUACAUGAGAAACCAAUAAAUCAAACAGCUAACUUAACUUCUUCCAUAGCAUUUGGAAGUCUAUCUGGGUUUACAGAAGUUGAUGUUCCAACUCCAAAGCAAGAAAAAGGCCAAAGCCAAAAUCUAAGUGAGCUUAUGGAUUUCAAGGGUUUAGGACAAAUAGAAAAAGACUUUGUUCCAUUACUAGAGGAAGUAUGUUGUCAGCAUCCUUCACUUAUUGUGUGUCAGCAGAAAAGAAGCCGCACGUGUAGGGAAUGGGCGUUCACUGCUUUGGGGAGAGUUCUUUAUUUUCUAAAGACCAGAAAGGUGAAAGAUAUGAACGACUUAGCUUGUAAGGAGCUUCAAAUUUUCUGGGAGGAACUUGAGCUAUUUAGUUUUGAUUUGACAUGGCUAGAGCCUCAUGUUCAAUCAGCCUUAGGUAUGAAAAGUUAUUUGGAGAAAUUGGAGGAGGCAGAAAAGUUAAAGGUUAACGUGGAUGCUCUAGAGUUGGAAAUGGAGAUGCUUAAGUCAAAGAUAGCUAGUGUAGAGGAAAAUCUUGAUGCUGCAAGAGACUUGUUGAAAGCAAAAGAUCUUGAAGAGAUAGAUUUAGAAGCUGGGUUAGGAUUUGUGAAGCCAUAA